AUGCAUCUCUCCAUUAACCAACUGUCUACCCUUAUGAGCAUUCUCAGUGAAGAAACUGUAGAGAAUCAAACACUUGAAUAUCUUGUUUCACAGCUACAUCAAUUUUUCAAACGAGAAGAUAAUUUUAAAGUUGGCUGUACUUUACUUAUGCUGAUUCAACAUUCUGAUUUCUUACUCAAUCAAACUCAAAAAUUUGCUGCUAUAAUAUUAUGUUAUGAACUAUACCGAAAUGAACCAAUUGCAACUAAUCCUUUGGCACCUAUUUUUAUGCAUCUYUUGCAUAAAAAAGUUGGCAAAAACGAAUAUGUUGGUGAUUUGCCGGUUUUAACUAUGCCUGUUAAAAUAUUUCUUUCCAAUUUAAUUAUGUCUCAAAAUUCUAAAGAGUUAUUACGAAAAUCUGCUAAACAAGUAUUAACAGCACGCAGUGAUCCYAGUAAACCUGUAGUUAAUACAGCAACAAUUCUUAAUACAAUAAAAGAUCGUCGAAAAAAUCUUCCACGGACCGCAAAAAGCUCUCUUCCAGUUAUCAUACCUGAUCCUCAAAAAACUGAAUCAAAGGAAGGAGCAAAACAAGUUUUAGAAAUGUUGAUUAGUGGACCAAAAUCAUAUGUAUCUCACAAUUUUAAACCAGAAAUGAUGCGACUUGCACCACCACUUUAUGUGUGCAAUGAAGAAAUGGUUUGGAUGAACAUGAGUGGGCGAUCAAAUCAUCAGAUCAUGUAUGAUAAAACAAUGUGUGUGUCUACUAGUGCAGCUACUGAAGCACGAGAACUUAUGACUAAAGCUCUCAAAACACCGUUAACCUUACAGCAACAACAACAUCUUUUAGCUGAACUUGGAAAUGAUCCAAAACUAGUUUAUCAUAUAGGUCUCACGCCUUGUAAAUUGCCAGAUUUAGUUGAAAAUAAUCCUUUGAUAGCUAUUGAAGUAUUACUAAAACUAAUGCAGUCACAUUCUAUAACUGAUUACUUCUCUGUCUUAGUCAAUAUGGAAAUGUCUUUGCACUCAAUGGAAGUAGUUAAUCGAUUAACUACUACUGUAGAACUUCCAACCGAAUUUGUACAUCUGUACAUAUCAAAUUGUAUUGUAGCAUGUGAAACUAUUAAGGAUCAAUAUAUGCAAAACCGAUUAGUUCGAUUAGUGUGUGUUUUUCUGCAAUCUCUCAUUAGAAAUAAAAUAAUAAAUGUGCAGGAAUUAUUUAUAGAAGUUCAAGCCUUUUGUAUUGACUUUAUACAAAUUCGAGAAGCAUCAGCUCUGUUUCGUCUCUUGAAACAACUAGAAACAGGAGAUACUUGCAGUAUUGGUAAUAUAGCUGCUGCCGCUGGUAUUACACCUAGUACAAUUGCUGCUGCUAAAGAUAAAGACAAAGAAAAAAUAGUGCCAAAGGAAAAGUAGUAUUAGUUAGGUCUUUAAUUGAAUUAAAAUGACAUCUAAUAGAAGUUUAUUAUUAAUUUUUACUUUUAUGAUAAGUGAGACUGUAAAGUGGAAAUAAAAGUGUAAUCAUUUA